AUGGCUGCUGAAUCUUCAUCUGAAGAGAUCCUCUUGGAUAAAUCCAGAACCAUCCAUCCGGCUAGUAAUUUGCUCAAUGGGAAAUGCUUGAAGGACCCUGACCCCCCUUAUCUAGAUAUAGGGAAGUUCAAAAGAGGGUUGAAGCUCAAUCUGUUUAAGAGUACCUUCAACAGAUUUCGAAAGAAGUAUGGGGUUGAUGUGGCUGCCAUUUUAGAACCUAGAGUAAGUGUUAAUAAAGCUUUGAGUAUUAUCCGUAGUUUGGGAUUUACCAGUUAUAUUAUAGCUGAUGCACAUGGUUAUGCUGGUGGAGUUUGGGUUGCAUGGGAUCCCAAUGAUGUGAAUAUUUCUCUUAUUAGGAAACAAGACCAAUUUAUUCAUUGUUGGGUUGAGUUUCCUGGUAAGGAAGGAUUCUGUUCGACAGUAGUGUAUGCAAGUCCUCAAGAGGAAAAAAGAAGAGUGCUUUGGGAAGAUCUGAAGCAUGUAGGAAGGAGUAUGAAUGACCCUUGGAUGCUGUCAGGGGAUUUUAAUGAAAUUUCUUCUGUUUCUGAGAAGAGAGGAGGAGGACCAGUAGAUGUUAAUCGAUGCAAUAGAUUUAAUAAUGUCCUGGAUGCUUGUGGGGUCAUGGAUUUGGGAGGUGGAGGUAAUAGAUUUACUUGGAAAGGGCCUAAAUUCCUUCACUUGGACAUGGUGUGUAAAAGGUUAGACAAAGCAGUUGCCAAUGAUUUAUGGAGAGCUUGUUUUGAUGAAGCAGAUGUCUUGAUUCUUCCUAGAAUUUUCUCAGAUCACUGCCCUGUUUUAGUUAGAUUGGAGAAAGAGGAAACUAGUUGGAGGGAGAGACCUUUUAGGUUUAUAGCUACCUGGCAAAAUGAUCCCAGAAAGAACAUGGUGAUAGCUCGGUUGGAGGGCAUCCAAAGGCAGCUCAGCUUGAAUAACAACUACCAACUAGAAAAACUAGAAGCUAAAUUUAGAAAGGAAUUAUCUGAUAUUCUGGACCAAGAGGAGCAUAUUUGGUAUCAGAAAUCGAGGGGAGAAUGGAUAAAAGGUGGUGACAGAAAUACUGGGUUUUAUCACACUAGUACUCUGAUUCGAAGGAAGAGAAACUAG